AUGAAUUAAUGAACAAUGGACGUGUCGGGAUCUUUUUUUGUCACCUUUUCCCUUCAAGAUAAAAAAUUAAAAAGAGAUUACGUCGAGUAUGCUCAAGCCGCCAUCUUCCCCGGCUCCCUUACGGCUGUAGACAUGAACCCCUCGUCUCCUUCACCCCCGGUACUACCCAACCGACCUCUUAGGAAACCUUCGUCCGGCCCGGGCUUGCCUUUACCAGCUCCUUCAAGGCUGCCCACCAUCUCCGCCGCUGCGCCACUACGCCCCGCUGGAAACGGUCCGACCAGUUUACCAACUAACAAAGAUAAAUCAUUACCCAUGUCAAGAUUGGUCCCACCAUCUUUCACAGUAUAUUCCUGCAACUUCUGUGGUCAGCAAGGAAAUGGUCGUUGUAUGCGCUGCAAGAAAACGUCUUAUUGCUCUGUAGUGUGUCAGACGGAGGACUGGAAGAUACACAGACUCGCCUGCAAGCCUGCUGACCCAGAGCCUGCUAAAGGAAAUCCCAAAGGAGGCAUGGCUGUGCUAAGUUCUGCUCCCAGGGAAAACCCUGCAAAAUUGCAGGCUGGUGAUUCAUCUAGCUAUAAGAAGGUCUAUUUAAAAGAUUUACAGGCUUCUAAAGUCACCAAGGGAAUGGACAUCCAGGCUACUGUCGUUGAAUUCACCAGUCCUGGCAGGUUCUUCAUCUUUCCUCAGAUCCCUGAGGUGAUUGAAUCUUUACAAAUUAUAACCACAGGACUUCAGAAAACUUGCAGCAACUCCUCAGGAACCACUUAUGUUCCCUGUGACGGAGAAGUUUGCAAAGUUCAGUUUUCCUUUGAUAAGAAGUGGUACAGAGGCCUGGUGCAGACUCUAGCUGCUGACAAGAAGACGGCUAAUAUCCUUUACAUUGACUUUGGCAAUGAAGAGAACGUUCCAGUUGAAAGGAUCAGACCCCUCCCUGCAAAUAUUCCACAUUUCUGCCCAUGUACAAUGGAGUGCCAGACCGCUGGCGUGAGCCCAGUGGUCAGCAAGUGGUCAGACGAGUGCUGCAUUACUGUCAGACAGCUGCUGGCUGGUAAGGCUGUCACCGUGAAAGUGUUGGAAAUGAGGGAGGAAGAAUCUUGCCAUGAUGUGGAUAUCCUGCUCUCAAAGGGUGUGUCUCAUGGAGGAGAGCUGCUGAGCACCUUCCUCCUGGAGAACGGAUAUGGACUGAAGGAAACCACCGAUGCGCCACCAACUGUGCACGAUAUAAGCGCCAUAUUGAAUGCAUCAUUUGAAAACUUCAAGCGCCUCUCUGCUGGGAAGGACGACAACGAAUGGGCCCAACCACCAGAGCCACUCACACAGGCCAUAGGAGACCAGUUCUCUGUCGUGGUAACACACUUCCUGUCACCCAGCGACCUUGUUGUGCAGAAGGUGGACAAUGCUGGACUUAUGCAGGAUUUGCAGCUGAAGCUCAGGGAGCACUGCUCUCAGGUUUCAACACCACAGAACUUCAGACCUGCUCCUGGAACAGUUUGUUGUGCCCAGUUCUCAGAGGACAAGCUGUGGUACCGGGCCAAAGUUCUGGCUUAUCCAUCCGAGGAACGAGUCUGCAUCGGCUACCUUGACUUUGGCAACUCUGAGGAGGUGGAUUUAGGCCAGCUGCUUCCUAUUAGCGCGCCACUGCUGGCUCUACCAACGCAGGCCAUCCCGUGUGCCCUAGCAGGGGUGAAGCCUGUUGGUGCGAGCUGGUCCAACGAUUGCAUUCUGGCUCUGCAGUGCCAGCUGUCAAACAGAGUCCUGAGACUUAAGAUCCAGGGAACGCAGGAGGGCAAGACUCUGGUGUCCAUGAUCAACGAGGCCAGCGAUCCUCAGAUUGAUUUUGCCGAGCUGCUCAUCGCUGCAGGUUACGCUGCACCCGCUUCAGUUUCUGCCACUCCUAACCUGCCGGCCGAGGAGACGCCUGCUGCUGCCGAGUCGAGUGCGUCUCCCUCUGUGUCUGAACCGCUGGUUUGGACCACUGCUCAGCUUCCCUCUGACGGCCAGAUGGUGCCGCUGGUCACCAUUAUCGUGGAGAGCCCCGGGAAGUUUUACUGCCACCUCAGUAGCUCAACAGAGCUGCAGAAGCUGAUAGAGCUGCAGGGUCAAUUAAAGCAGCACUGUGAGGCCGAAGCUCCAACGUUCGUGCCCAAAGUGGGAGAGCCGUGCUGUGCGUUAUUUCCUGGCAAUGGAUCUUGGUGCCGAGCUAUGGUGAAGGAACUGUCCGGCGACAAAGUUGCCAUAGAUUUUGUGGAUUACGGUUAUAGCAUGCGGAUUAAAAACGUCCAUCUUCGAUCCAUUACACCCAAGCUCCUUGCACUCCCAUUCCAGGCAGUUUGCUGCUGGCUUGCAGGUGUGGAGCCUGUUGGCUCAGAGUGGAGCAGCGAGGCCCUCCUGUGGUUCCAGACGUUGAUGGAUGGACAGGAGCUCAGCGGCCGCGUCCUCUCCGUCAACGAGCAGGGCUACGGAGUGGAGCUCGUAAUCAGAGGCCAGAACGUGGCCGUGGCUCUCAUUGCCGAGGAGCUGGCCAAAGCCAGAGAACAACCUGCCAGAGUCACGCAGGAACAGUCGGCGCCUCCGGAGGCAAACACGGACGGUGAGAAGAAAAAGGAGAGCUGUGAAGCAAGUGGAGAAAUCAAAGCCGUUACUGAAGAGAUGCCGGUUGAAGUUAAGAGCGCUGCAACAUCAGACGUUGCAUGUUUUCCAGUUGAUUGGAAGACAGUGGAGCUGCCUUUGAAUGAGAGCUUUCAGCCGUGCGUGGCAGCAGUCAUCAGUCCCUCCCUCUUUUACCUCCACAGCCCUAUGCAGGUUGACCAGCAAAAGCUCCAGAAGGUGAUGCUGGACCUGGCUGCCUACUGCGGCACCUACAAGGCCACUUCAUCAGCAGGGAGGAAGAGCAGGCCUGCUGCUGGGGCUGCCUGUUGUGCCCAGUUCUCUGCUGAUAAAAACUGGUACCGUGCUGUGAUCUUGGAAGUCGGCGAGAAUGAGAUGAGUGUCAUCUAUGCCGACUAUGGGAACACCGAGAGAGUCUCUGCAUUCCAAAUCCUGCCCAUCCCUGGCCAUCUGCUGGAGCUCCCUUUUCAGAUAACUCGCUGCACCCUCGCCGGUAAAGAGCACUUUCCCGCAGUGUAUCCAGAGGAAGUGCUCCAGUUGUUUCAAACCGAGCUGGUGAACGGCGUCCAGGCCACGGUUCAUUCCUUUGAUGGCUCUGCUAAUGUGCUGUCCCUCAUUCUACCUGCUGAGAGAGGUGGAGAGCACCUCACCUCCGUGAUCCUGGAUGCGCUGUAUGCCUGCAGCAAGAGCAACCAAGACACCAACCAAAGGCUUGACAACCCUGGUAGCAGCGCUCCGUGUGCAGCGGACGGACCCCGGUCCGACUCUGUUCCAGAACCGGCGUGUGAGCCGGAACCGGUUGACACGGCAGGGUCCGUUACGCCUGCAGACCUGACGGCACGUAAUCCUCAGCAGGAGAUCGUUUCUGUAGCACCGGUCGUUGAGGAUCCUGUCAAGAAGGUUAUUGACCAAAUGGAGCCACCAUACCAAAAUCAGUCAAAGGCUUUGGAUCAUCAAACCUCUGGCUGCUGCUGUCAGAGCCUCCAAAAACAGAUCAGCAACCUGGAGGGCGUGAUGCAGCUGCAGCUUUCUCUCAUCAAGCAGUUGGUCAACCAGAUAAAAUAGGAUUAGACAAAAUACAUUUUAUUUUUGUUGUGUUUUAACUUUGUCUUUAUAAUUGAUGGUGCAGGAAAUUCAUAAAUGUUUUUUUUCUUUGUUCUUUUUAAACUGCAGCUUUGUUUUAGUUUGUUUCCAGCCUUUAUACUGCGGGAUGCACCAAAUAUGUUUGCAUUUGUAAAAGUCAAAAACAAAGGCGUGUUCAGCCGCAGUUUUGCCACCUGUUUGCUUUCUCCCCUGCAGAGGUAUGGACGUCCAGUUUGUUAGCAUCAUGUUUGACAAGUUUGAGUUCUGUGGAUUAAAAAAAAAAGAAGGGUUUUCA